AUGUCGGAGGAAAUACUAUUACCUGCACGCCCCGCACCCACGGAUUUAGAUGCGAAACUGGCGGAUUUCGAUUCGACACCGCUUUUCAUGAGGUCUCUGCCUGCUGCAUCUGAGGAUGAAAGCAACACGGCACUCGCAGCGCUUCAGAAUCUCGCAUACGAGGGCACUCCCGAUGAGAUCGCACAGAACUUCAAAGAACAGGGAAAUGAUUAUUUCAAAGGGAAGAGACAUAGAGAGGCAGCAGGGUUCUAUCAGCAAGGCAUCGAUGCAAAGCCAACGGAUCCAAUCUUGAAGGAGGCUCUACUAUGUAACCGAGCGGCAUGCAAUUUGGAGCUCAAAAACUUUGGGUCCGUCCUACGUGAUUGCGGAAGCGCCCUCGCUCUCAAUCCUAAAUCCUCCAAGGCAUACUACCGCUCCGCCCUCGCACUCCUCGCCCUCUCACGUCCGGAGGAAGCUCUGGACUGUUGCACCAGAUCGGAGAAGCGAACAAAGGAAAAGAUAGACCUUGAGACGAAGCGCAAGGAGAAGGAGCGUAGGGAAAAGGAAGAAAGAAGAAUCAUGAAAGCCGCACUGGCUGAACGCAAUAUCAUCGAGCUCCCUUCCGCGCCCUCCACAGCACCGACUGCUGCCCUUCCCUACCCUCCACCUUCGUUUGACCCCGAAGACCCUAGCACCAUGAUAUUUCCCGUCAUUUUCCUCUACCCACAAUAUGCCACCUCCGAUCUCGUCCCAACCUAUCAUGAACUCACGCCCUUCGCUGAUCACCUCUCGCUCAUGUUCCCACCCCAGUCAGCCAAGCCGGAUUGGGACGUAAAGGGUCAAUACGUGGAUGAUGGGAGGUUGGUAGUCUAUGCUGUGACGAAGAGGAAACGACUAUUAAAAGUGGGGAAGAAGAUGUCUCUACGGGACCUUUGUAAUGCCGCAAAGGCGAAGGAGGGCGACAAUAAAAUCGACGGCCUUGAAAUGAAGGAUGGGUGCUUGAGCGUACUAGUCCUCGUGAAGGGCGAGGUGGAGAAGAACUGGGUGGACGAGUUCAAGAGAAAUAGAGAUGGCGUCCAUGAUUCAUCUCUGUAUGACUUCCAGGAUAUGCAGAAGAUACGUAGGAAUGAGCACGACACUCAAAAUCCGAGUUUAAACGAAAAAUCCACCAACACCAUGUCUGUCCAACACAAGAUUCUGCGCACCGCUAACGCGCCCACGACAGCUCCUGAUGAGACGGAGACCAGCGUCGCCCAGGCGCUCGUCGACCUCGAAAACAACGUGCCCGAGCUCAAGGCUGAGCUUCGCCCCCUUCAGAUCUCUGCUGCCCGUGAGGUGGACGUGCGUGGUGGAAAGAAGGCGAUUGUCAUCUUCGUCCCUGUUCCCCAAUUGAAGGCCUUCCACAAGGUUCAGCAAAGGUUGACUCGUGAGUUGGAGAAGAAGUUCUCGGACCGCCAUGUCGUUUUUGUCGCCCAGCGCCGGAUGUUGCGCAAGCCCACCCGUACCUCUCGUGUCCAGCAAAAGAGGCCGCGCAGCCGCACCCUCACCAACGUGCACGAGAAGAUUCUUGAGGAUCUUGUCUUCCCCACCGAGAUUGUUGGAAAGCGGACACGUGUUGCCGUUGACGGGUCAAAAUUGUUGAAGGUGUUCCUUGACUCCAAGGACUCGACGUCGCUUGAGUACAAGCUCGACUCGUUCUCGUCCGUCUACCGCCGCCUGACUGGCAAGGACGUCGUGUUUGAGUUCCCAGUGCAGCAGACGCAGGAGUAG